AUGGCGGCCAGCACACUAUACGUUCUGUACAACGCCGAUGCGUCGGUAAUGGGCAAGCUGAAAUACGGCUAUCGGAAGAUAUGCAAAUCGUCGGAGAAGAACCCGGCUUGUGCCGCGUGUGAUAUUACCCACGGCGGGUUGUCGUUGAAUGAGACGCCAGCAUGGGUAGAUGCGAAGAAGGCGAUCGAGGCAGAAUCAGAGUGCAAGGUCGUCCAGUGGCACAGGGAUGAGUUGUCGUCUGAUAUGAAGGGAUUCGUCGCUUCGGCAAACCUGCGAUACCCGGCUGUGGUGGCCGACAAGGCUGAGGGCGGGUUCGUGGAAGUGAUGAGUAGCUCGGAACUUGCGGCCUGCAAAGGGGACGCGCAGAAGAUGGUUGAAGGACUGCGGGAGAAGGGAUACAUGCAGCAGAAGCAGGCUUCCCUGUAA